CCUCCACUCCUCUCCACUCACACCCCACAAUCGCAGGCAGUCUUUGAACCCCUGCAGUGUGUUGACGUGAUGGUCAUCGGCAUUAGUCCAGGCAGUGUGCAUAGAGUAGAAUCUAGGUAGGGUAAGCAUGCAUCUCCAUUUCACAGCCUUCAAGGUCUCGUCUCAGUCCCCUCACCAUGGUCCAUACCGAAGAAUCUCUGCAGCUGCCCCGUGAUUUCGAAGGCUUCGGCGAAGAAUCCCACGACUGCGAAUGGCCCAAUGGCGCGCGCAUCGCGAUUUCCUUCAUCCUGAACUACGAGGAAGGCGGCGAACGCAACAUUGCUGAUGGCGAUGAGUACUCCGAACCUUAUUUGUGGGAGAAAGGUACAUCUGGAGGUAUCAAAACCGGCGCGCGUUAUCUCAAUGCGGAACAGGAUUUUGAGUAUGGGAGCCGAGUUGGCUGCAGGAGAAUCAUGAGGCUGUUCAAAGAAUUCGGAUGGCAGAUUACGAUAUACGCUAUUGCACAUGCAAUGGAGAGGAGUCCAAAAUUCGCCAAGGCGUGCAUACGAGAGGGACAUGAGAUCGCGGCGCAUGGCCUCCGCUGGCUCGAAUUCUGGGAUUAUAGCCUCGAAGACGACAAGAAAUACAUCAAGGACACCUGCCUCGCACUCAAAGCCGCGACUGGAGAGAUGCCCGUAGGCUUUUACUUCGGUCGCGGCACCCCUCAAACCCACGCACUCGCCCCAAUUGUCUUCAAAGAGAUGGGCACGCCCCUCCUCUACUCCUCCGAAUGCUACAACGACGACGUGCCUUAUUGGAUCGAUUUACUGUGGGAAGCAGAGCUACCAGAAGCCCAGCGUGAGGGCAUGCUACUCGUGCCAUAUAAUUACGACUGCAAUGAUGGCAAGUUCCACAUGGCUCCAGGUUUCAUGACAUCUGCAGGACAAACCUAUGAAAGCUACUUGGAGAGCACGUUUGAUAUGCUAUAUCGCGAGGGCGGAAAGAUGAUGAAUGUGCCGAUGCACUCUCGCAUCUUGGGAAAGCCGGGGAGAGCAGAGGCGCUGCGGAACUUUUUAAAGUAUGUUUCGGAGAAAGAAGGGGUCUGGGUGACUACAAGGCGAGACAUCGCGAAGCACUAUAGGGCAAAAUUUCCGUACAAACCUGGUAGUCGGGCUGGCGGCGCAUGAUGUAGAUCUCAUAAAAGCGAUGAGUACAUGUUCAAGCCCAGACGAGAGGUAUACCUCGACCAAUAACACCUAAAAUAUGUACCACAAGGCUGAAAAGCACUUUGGGAUACACCUCAGUGCUCUCACAAC